CUGCCCUUUCUCUGAUGCCGACAUCUUGGAGUCGGUCCGGAAGAAACUGAUAUCCGAGUGCACAACAACCCCCGCUUAUGCAAGAAAAAAACUGUGUAAGUGUAAAUCUGUGAUGCAGAAAAUGCAAAGCAGUUACACUUGUCAUGCUCGACAUGCGUGGUCGGCUCCGCUCGUUUCCUAUGUGUUUUCCCUCCCUAUCUGCGCAUAACAAGUUUAUCCUGUCAUUGCAGAUGCUGUUUUCCCAAAAGACUUACACUAACACAAUUUUUUUCUUGGAUACCGCUCCCCCAGAGCUUCGAUGGUAUCGACAGCAACGCCAGCGCUGGCAGGGUGCAGCUCAUGUAAUUGCACCUCGACGUCAACACCUGAGUAAAAUUCCCGUUCCAUGCGAAACGUAGCAAAACCCUAGGUGGUCUUUUCUGCGAAAGUUCUAGCUGUCAACAGAAUUUGAUUCUGUGCAGCUUUUGCAAUUGGAAUUGCAAAAAAAAAUGUUGUUCUUGCACGCAAUUGCAUGGAUGAUUUUUUCAUUCCGUUUCGGCUCGGCCUGGAUCUGGAGUCUGUCAUGCAAGCAGCGCCAAGAGCAAGAGGCCAGGUGUGGACCUACAAUCAGUUUGCACGACGAAUGAGGGGGACGGGAUGGUGUUGUGCACUCUCACACCUGAAGGGCGCUGUUUACAAGCAGAGCGGCAAGAAGAAUGUCGACAUCCGGAAAUUUUUUCCGCACAAGGAGGUUCUCUUCUCAGUUUUGCAUUAUUUUUCCUUUAUUCUUAUAUAUAUUUUUACUUGUUGUAGAUUAGAAUUAGUAAAAAAAUAUUAUUAUUAUUUUUAUUCGGAGAUGGUGACGGAAGCGUGCUUGUUGUUCCAAAUGAAGUAGAGAGUAAGUAAUAUUUCAUUUUCGAACUUUGACUAUGCUCACAGGAAAUGGCGACCCUGGGCGAGUUGAAACACGUUGUCAGGCGAGAGUUGAAGCUGUCGCACCAAUUCGUGCCCGACCCAGCGCUGUCCAAGUUGGUCGCAUACCUCGCCUCCCCGUUGCACGCCCUUGCUAGCUUGAACAACAGUCCGCGGGGGGGAGCGAGGUCCCCGGGGGACGCGAGCCCGUCGUCGCCGCGCGGGGGCUCAUCUGACGAUGCUGUGUCACCGGUCUAUCAAAUGCAAAAAUGUCUGGGUCUGGAAGGUUGGAACUUGUGAUGCUAGCAUUGGACUCUAAGAAAAUCUGUAUUGCAUGACCAGCAAGAGGAGUCUAGUUUGUGCCACUCGGUGAGGGCGUUUGUCAUGCGGAGUAGGCAUCAGGAAGGGUUCGCAAAGUCUGUGAUGGUAGGGCGUGCAUUACAGACAUCCUGGGUCAUGCAUCACAUGCAUGACAAGCCUCAGAAUCUUCCAGGCCCAGACAUUUUUACAUUUGAUACGGUCAACAAUAAUGCCAAUCAAACCACAUCCUCAUCUAGCUCGUCCUUCGCGGUGGGCAGCGGUCCGCGCGGUGCCCAGGCACAGAUGGGAUCCAAUACGCUCGCCCAGAUCCGGGCCAAUCCGGUGAUCGGCGAAAUGCUAAACCUACCUCUGCUCCCGACAGAGUUGCCGAGCGUAACAAACAACGCUAUCUCUAACUCGACCAGCUUCCCGGUCCUGGAGCUGCAUAAGUUUGUGCAGCACGGCGCGCCUAACGUCAGCGAAAAAGCCGAGGUGCAGCGAGUCAUGGAGCGGAAAAAAGCCGAGCGCUGCGUUCGAAAGUUUCAGGUAAAAUGAAGGAGACAACCAGUCUGAUACGCUCACGAUAGUUUCCUGUUCCUUAACCGUGAUGCCUAUUCCUUGCGUGGCUUUAAUCAUGAUUGGAAGUCGAAGUUUCCUAUUCCUGGCUGCGCGUUGAAUUACACGGUCAGAAACCUAGCACAUGCAGAUGAUGAACAACGUCAACGCUGAUAUAUUCAUCGUUGCAAAUUACCUGUAUGAAUGUUUUCUUCAACAACCGAAAAAAGGUCGCGGUCCACGAAAAAUUAAUGGAAUCCUACGAGCCCGGCUGCAUCUCCAAUUUGGUAGAUCCCGAGUCCCACGCUGCUCUUACCGACCACGCAGUGUACGUGCGACACCAAUUUUCCUCGUUGUUGCGCCAGUUUGCAGGAGAUGGGAAGGUUGCCAUGAGCCUGCAUAUGCUGAAAAAGUUUCUGCGCGACAAACUGCACUUCAAAAACUGGGAUUUCGGAGAAGCAGAUUGCACAACGCUGUGGUACAUAGUUGCAACAUCAUGCUGCUGCUGGUUCAGUAGCGUCUUCUUACUUUCAUUCCCAAUAUUGAGUCAUUUUUUCGUCUCUGAAGUUCAAGUAGCGGAAACAGGGUGGCCUCGGUCGCGGUUGCUUCCUUCCUCAGGGAUUGAGUAGAUGAUGAAAAGAUGGCGGAUAAUCAUAUGCUGGGCAAAGACCCGAAGUUUUUGCGUUUCUUUUGGCUCUGUAGUUUGCGCUUUUUUACCUUUUCCUUUGCUCGACGAACCUUAGGUUUGCCAUGUACCGGUUUCCAGACCUGAACUUGUUGGAGCAAUGUCGAAUGUCUUCUGAAAUGGAGCGGACCGCAGCCAUAUCAACUGUAAAAAUGUCUGGGUCUGGAAGAAUCCAACUUGUCAGGCUAAUUUUGGAUUCUAAAAAAAUCAGUGUUGCAUGAGCAGCAAAGAGUAGAGUCCAAGUUUUGCUACACGGAGAGAGCAUUUGUCAUGCGGUAUAGGCAUCAGGAAGCUCUCGCAAAAUCUGUGAUGCUAGGGCAUGCGUCACAGGUAUCAGGAGUCAUGCAAAAUGUACAUGACAAACCUGGCAAUCUUCCAGACCCUGACAUUUUUACAUUUGAUAAUCUAAUUUUGCCGUUACCGGAGGUCAAAUUUCGCUUCUGGACCGAAAGUCGCCUGAGGCCAUGGUACUGCGAAUUACUAGUUUACAGAAUAUUGAACCAAAUACUUAAAUUAAACCGUAAUUAAAAAACAAGUACAAGAAUUAGGUCACGACGUGUACUAACUUGAAAGGUCAGUUGACUUAGCCUGCUUUUCCUUACAUGCAGGACCAUUCUAUUAUUUUUAUUCCUGAACAAGAUGAUGUUUAUGUUUUCGAUUCCUUUUUCUCAACAAUGCAGCAUGCCACCGUCGCAGGCGGGAAAGAUGCAGGCCCCAAACUUUCGCCACGGCAGCGCAAGAUCCAGAAGUUUCUGUAUCCGAGCACGGACUCAGGUUUCCAGUUUCACUUACGUGACCUCGUUUCUUUGCUGGACUUGCCAAAGAAAUCCGGGCUUAGUAUCGAGUUUCCGGACUUUCGCAUGCCUAACGUCAGCGAAGUAAACACGUUUCAUCUUGGUGACCCGACCGCACCAGAAAAGUUGCAGGACAAGUACACUAUUGAUUUUCACAUUGACAUUCUCAUUGACUAUUGCUAUUCAUUGCACCUUCUUGUCACCCUGCUGGUGCUCUUUUUUCGGUACUGGCUUGGGGCGUGUGCUCGAGGAGGUCUGUCCUGUGUUUCAAUGCUCUUUGACGGAUGGCGGUUUACGACUUCCCCGUCUUGCGCUCGUGCCUGCUAAUAUGUAUAAAUUACAGCGUUGCGCACAAGAAAGCUAUCUUCAACAUGUUCUCCAGGUAUAGAAAAUGGUGCAUGGCCCGAAACCGCCUGAGCGCGAAUUUCAGUU